AGGAAUGAACCCACGUGACUAAACGGGGCGGUCGGUCGGGAGCUGAAAAAAAAAAGCCAUUUUGUUGGUGGAGCUUGUAGUAAGAGCUGCAGCCAAAGACUCUUUCUUCGCUCAGUUACUGGCUCCAGCGACGGCGAACGCCCGCUCUGCAGGUUGGCAACAAUUCGGUUGGUGUUUGUGAAAUUGACCUGAAAGUGCCAAAGGCGAAGUGGUUUUAAUUUACUCCGCCGGCCUCCAUUCCACCGCGCUGUGCAGUACUGAGUGCGCCGCGCUUGGAAGCUGGGUUGCCCUUGCACUGAAAAGCAAGCUCACGGGUCAUAGGGGACCAGGAAUGGAAGAGUCCCCUGCAUUUAACAUGCACAGAACUACUCGCAUCAAAAUUACAGAGCUCAACCCUCAUCUGAUGUGUGCCCUGUGCGGGGGAUAUUUUAUAGACGCCACAACUAUCAUAGAAUGCCUACACUCAUUUUGUAAAACCUGUAUCGUUCGCUACUUGGAGACCAACAAAUAUUGCCCCAUUUGUGAUGUACAGGUGCACAAAACUAGACCCCUUCUUAGCAUUAGGGCUGACAAAACAUUACAAGAUAUAGUCUAUAAAUUAGUUCCGGGGCUUUUCAAAGAUGAGAUGAAGAGACGGAGGGAUUUCUACGCGGCCCAUCCCUCAGCAGACGUCACGAAUGGUUCGAACGAAGACCGCGGGGAGGUUACAGAAGAAGAAAAAAGAAUUAUCACAGACGAUGAAAUCAUUAGUUUGUCCUUAGAGUUUUAUGAAGGCAACAAGUCAGAAAAGAAAGAGGUACCGCAAACUGAAGAAACAGACAAAGCCAACAGUGUUCGGUAUCUCAGGUGUCCCGCCGCGAUGACGGUGAUGCAUUUGGGGAAGUUUCUCCGGAAUAAGAUGGAUAUUCCCAGCAAUUUCCGAAUUGACGUCAUGUAUGAAGACGAACCUCUGAAAGAUUACUACACACUUAUGGACAUCGCGUAUAUUUAUACGUGGAGACGGAACGGUCCUUUACCUUCUGAAGUACAAGGUUCAGCAGCCGCUUGCAAGAGGUUAAAACUCAGCCACCCCAACGAGGACUUCGCCAAUACCAGUAUGAACUCGGAGAGUGACUCUGUGAGUGACAAGGGAAGUCCAGUGGCCGUUCCUUCCACGUCCUCCUCGCUGCCGAGCCCCGUGACGCCCGCGCUCUCUCCCAACUCCCAGUACCCACACGCAGUGGCCUCGGCGGUCAACGGCAGCACAAACUGUCACCAAAUGCUACCGACCGUGCUCAGGGGCCGCAAAGUGACUGUCAACGGCUCCGCAGCCCCGGCCUCUUGCUGAACGCCGGGACCGACCCCCGUGGGAUUCACGACAAGCUACGAGGAAGAGGAGGAACGCCCUGUAUAAUACACACCGCUCGACCGACCGACCGACCGACCGACCGACUGACCGGGCACCCGAGCUGGCCGCUGCCCACCGCCCCCUUUAUUAAAUGUAAUAUAUAUAUUCCGUUUAGCAAUAUGGUUAUUGUCAGAAACCUUUGUAUUUCCCCACACAGCUUUUUAAAUGUAAACGGCCAAAAUGCACCUCGAGGUUAUGGUCCCAGAAGCUUUGAAUCUGGUCAUCCAUUGCCUCGACUUGCAAACUUUCAGUACAGUCGACCCCUCUUAAAUGGAGCGCAGUUGGCAGUGCCGUACAGUAUGGGGACCUUGUGUGUGCCCUACAGUGUGGGCACUGUGUGUGUGUGUGUGUGGCUCCGCUGAAAAAACAGGCACUAUGGUCUUCCCUUUCAAAGGGAAAAUUGCCUUAAAAAUAAUCUCAUGAGUUCAUAGGUGAUAGGAGCAGAAUUAGGCCAUUCGGCCCAUCAAGGUUAUUCCACCAUUCAAUCGUGGCAGAUCUCUCUUCCCUCUCAACCCCAUUCUCCCCAUAACCCCAGACACCCGUACUAAUCAAUAGUUACAGUUGUUGCAGAGGGGACAAACCUCGUUAUAGCCUCCCCGAACGCACGCUAUAACAAGUGGUAAAAAGACAGAAGGAAGGAACUGCAGAUUAUCACGAAGAGAUAAACACAAAGUACUGGAGUGACGGUGGGUCAAGGCAGCGUCUCUGGAGGAAAAGGCUGGGUCACCAAGGACUGGAGACAGAUCCCAACCCGAAAGGUCAUCCAUCCCUUUUCUCCAGGGAUGCUGCCUGACCCUCUAGUUACUAGCCAGAUGCAGGAAGAUUGUUCCCGAUGUUGGGGAAGUCCAGAACAAGGGGUCACAGUUUAAGGAUAAGGGGGAAAUUCUUUAGGACCGAGAUGAGAAAAAAAAAAAAUUCACACAGAGAGUGGUGAAUCUGUGGAAUUCUCUGCCACAGAAGGUAGUUGAAGCCACAGUUCAUUGGCUAUAUUUAAGAGGGAGUUAGAUGUGGCCUUUGUGGCUAAAAGUAUCAGGGGGUAUGGAGAGAAGGCAGGUACAGGAUACUGAGUUGGUUGAUCAGCCAUGAUCAUAUUGAAUGGCGGUGCAGGCUCGAAGGGCCAAAUGGCCUACUCCUGCACCUAUUUUCUAUGUUUCCAGCAUGUUGUGUCUAUCUUUCGUGACAAGUGAUGUCCUUUGACUUUCAAUCUCAUGCACUGAAGAGGGGAUUUGCAGAUGAUUAGAGUUGAGUCGAGUGUUGGGAGACACAUCUCGGCAACACUCCUUUGAAUGAUAUCAAGAGACUUGAUAUCUGAAAGAUGUGGCAUUGUGGUCGAUAAGACGGGACCUGUAGAUAAUUGCACACGUCUAAGUUAUUAUAUGGUUUAUCACUCCAGUGGCCCAAGAGAUGCUUAUCUCCGCAUUCCAGCUUUGUACUUCCAGGGAAAGCAGGAUUAGUGUAUUCUUUUUCCCUGGACAGUACGAUGUGCAGUGUUCAUGUUUUAAUCAAAAUACGAAAGUGUUGGAGGAACUCAGUGGGUCAGGCAGCUUCUGCCAAGGGCAAUGGAUAAGUGAUGUUUAGAAUAGGGAUGCUGCCCGUGUGUCCGAGUGUAUGGGCAUGGAGCGAAGGUGUCCUUUGAGUCACCGUUGCACUGCAGUGGUGACACAUAGUUGAUUUGCAGUUCAGUUACCCACGUUUCUUAUUCCAGGAUCUCUUUGAUACCCCAUAACUCUGCUCCCACUCCCCAUCCCCCCAUUGGCAACAAGGGCAGAGUCCCCCUUGCCCUCACCUUCCACCCCACCAGCCGUCACAUACAACAGAUAAUCCUCCGACAUUUUCGCCACCUCCAACGGGAUCCCACCACUGGCCACAUCUUCCCAUCUCCACCCCUGUCUGCUUUCCGCAGAGGCCGCUCCCUCCGUAACUCACUGGUCAAUUCGUCCCUUCCCACCCAAACCAGCCCCUCCCCUGGUACUUUCCCUUUCAACCGCGAGAAAUGCCACACUUGUCGCUUUACCUCCCCCCUUGACUCCAUCCAAGGACCCAAGCAGUCUUUCCAGGUGCGGCAGAGGUUCACCUGCACCUCCUCCAACCUCACCUAUUGCAUCCGCUGCUCUAGGUGUCAAUUGCUCUACAUCGGUGAGACCAAGUGUAGGCUUGGCGAUCACUUCGCCCAACACCUCCGCUCAGUUCACAAUAACCAACCUGAUCUCCCGGUGGCUCAGCACUUCAACUCCCCCUCCUAUUCCCGAAUCCGACCUUUCUGUCCUGGGCCUCCUCCAUGGCCAGAGUGAGUCCCACCGUAAAUUGGAGGAGCAGCACCUCAUAUUCUGCUUGGGUAGUUUACACCCCAGCGGUAUGAACAUUGACUUCUCCAAUUUCAGGUAGUCCCUGCUUUCUCCCUCUUUCCCCUCCCCUUCCCAGCUCUCCCACAGCCCACCGUCUCCGCCUCUUCCUUUAUUCUUCCCGCCCCCCCCCCACAUCAGUGUGAAGAAGGGUCUCGACCUGAAACGUCACCUAUUCCUUCCCUCCAUAGACGUUGCCUCACCCGCUGAGUUUCUCCAACAUUUUUACCUACUUUCUGAUUCCAAUGGUCAGAUGAAGGCAGAAUCUUAAAUAAAUCCACCGUGAACUCUCUAUCAUCUUAAUUUAAACUUACCGAAUAGUGAAAGGGCUGGAUAGAGUGGAUAUGGUGACGAUGUUUCCACUAGUGGGAGAGUCUAGAUCCAGAGGUCAUAGCAUCAGAAUUGAAGGAUGUUCCUUUAGCAAGAUGAGGAGGAAUUUCUUUAGUCAGAGGUUGGUGAAUCUGUGGAAUUCUUUGCCACUGAGAGAUGUGGAGACCAAGUCAAUGGAUAUUGUUUUGGCAGAUAUAGAUAGAUUCUGGAUUAAUACAUGUGUCAGAGGUUAUGGGAAGAAGGCAGGAGAAUGGAGUUUGGAGGGAGAGAUAGAACAGCCAUGAUAUAAGUAGCCUUGAUGGGCCGAAUGGCCUAAUCCUGCUCCUAUCACUUACGACAUGAGCUGUGAGCACAUUCCCUCAAUAGCCACCAAUAUAGGAGUUAUUUGUGGAGUGGUGCGUUCUUCUCCUCUCAAGAAGAAUUUGAUUUAACAAAGAGAUAAAGCAAGGAUAGCUUUCUCAAGCAAAAUCUCCACUGCAUUUGGAAGUCCCAUUCCCGUUGGCAUUUUGUCACCAUUCCCACUUUUCCAGGAUUUUCCUGUAAUUCCUUCAGAAGUUUUGGCUAUAAGUCCAGCGUGCAGAUUCAGGUGGCAAUGAGUUACAAAUGCUACUCGCCUUACUUUCCGAAUAAUUUGUUUAGAAAGCUUGCUGGUAGAAAACUUCAGCUGAUGAGAUUGGGAACCUUACUGCCAAAUAUUGCGGUUUGAGAUACACAGAACUGGCCUUUGAUUAUUCCACAAACGAGCUAUUUCCGAUUGGAAGCACAGGUGGAAUGGCUCUAAAAAAAAUCUGGCAUUGUGGUGACUUCAAAAUACAACAGCCUCAUUUAAUGGGAGUCGAAUGUACAAUUUAGCAUUUCAAUGCUUACAUUUUCUUAGUUUGAUGUGCGUGUGUGUGGUAUGUGUGUGAGAGAGAGAGAGAGAGAGAGAGAGAGGGAAGGAGAGACAGUUUUGAGUGUGGAUGAAUGGAUAUUACAUGAAAAUCCUUUCCCUCUACCGAUUUGCUACCGACACAAUAGCACAAAUGAAAUGAGUUCAGAAUGGAAUAUUGUUUCAUAAAUUUUAUUUUAUGUUUUGAUAAACUUAUUAAAUCAUUCUAGAAUUGUA